AUGGCGGCACCAAGGCAUGAUGAGUUGAAGUUGGUGGAUGACGACUUCGACGCGGACGUGUGCCAUCAUCCAGCAGGUCGAGUGCAACAACGACGUUGCACUUGGAAAAUCGUAAACACGGUGGCGGUGCUGGUCCUCUGCACUCUGCUCGUGGCCAGCAUUGCAGCCGCGGCACUUUUGUGGCUGCCGCAGCUCUCGCACGACUUCGGCGGGCAGGCGCUGCCAGCGGUGGCCAGCUGCUUCAUCAGGCCGACCUUCAGCCUGGCCGAGCUGGAGAUCCACCGAGACAUCCGCUAUGGCGGCGCAAUGAAUCCUUUUGCAGGCAGAUUCACCGAUCUAUACCUCGAUCUCUACACUCCGGGACGGCUUGACACUAGGCAUGUUCGCCCGGCAGUUGUACUGCUGCAUGGUGGGUACUUCACUUCAGGAAGACGGGAUGGGGAUUCCCUUCCACAACUAGCCAUGCUGCUGGCGCAGCGCGGAUAUGUGGUAGCAAGCAUCGACUAUCGGCAAAUACCGGUCAGCCAGAUUUCCAUGGAUUUGGUUACGAAGACUCCGGACAAAGCCAUAAGCAUCGUUUCAAUGGUGCAGGAGGACGCGCGUGCGGCUGUGCGGUUCUUGCACAAGAUGGCCCAGGACUGGCGAAUCGACGUGAAUCGCAUCGUGCUGGGAGGUGAUUCUGCUGGAGCCAUAGCAGCCCUCUACUAUGCGUAUGUCCAGGGCGCUGCGGAGGGCCACAGCGGCAACGAAGGAUAUCCCUCCAACAUCAGCGCAGUCAUGGCCAUCAGCGGGACCUUGAGGGGUGAUGCGUACUGCAGCUAUGUCGAUCAGAAUAUGAAAGCGCGGAAAUGCCUCAUCACUGCUCCGCCAGCUCCCGAUUUGGUGAAAGAGAUUUCAGCUGGAGAUGUACCCCUGCUGCUGUGGCAUGGACGGCAGGACAGAGUCAUUCCGGUCUCGAACGCGGUUGCGAAUCUGGAACGGGCCCAGGCCGUGGGCGUCCUCAGCCUGCUCCUGGUGAUCCCUGACGGUGGCCACGUUCCGAUGAGCCAAGGUCUGAAUCCUUUUGGUCCAUAUCUACCUCGUUGGCUGGCGUUCCUGGCAGGUGCAUUGAAGCUCUCAGAUGCAGAGUGCCGGCCCGACAAGAGGCCGGGGAUUGAUUUGCGGGGCAGCGCGAGGAAGCGAGAGCACGACGGAGAUCCCCUCGGCUUCGACUUACUCCCAGGGGUGCUGAGAGACCCCGAGGAAGAGGAGGAGGAGGAGGAGGCUGCCUUGGACAUCGCGCCCGGCGAGUACGGCCUCGUGGAUCACCUGUCCGCCAACGCAAAGCUUGGCGAGAAGAAAGUCACAAACUACUCUUGGACGAAGCGAAAGCCGAACUCGUCCAACUCGCAGCGAAGCAAGGCCGGGCAGGUGACCACGGCGCCAACCGACGAUCUGCUUCGCACGAAAAUGGCACCUGCUGUUCGAGUCGAAUUCUUCGAGGAGCAUCCCGAGCGCUCGCCGCUGUCUCGCUUCGGCGACCUGAACAUCAUGAAUCCGAAUCCAUUCUCAGGCGAGGCCAAAUACCGGAUGGCUCAGACCACAUCAUCGCCGGCGCUGCUUCAGGGCAAGCCUCACCUUCCGCAGCUUCCUCAAGCAUCGCUGACCCUGCAGCCGGCUAGUGGCAAGAAGGAAGCUUCCCGAAGAGGUCGGGCCUGGGGAUCGUGGCUUCGAUCAGGUGUGAGACCAGACAAGACCAAGCUUUUGGCGACUUCCUUUUCAGGCUGGCAGUUUCCUUCAAACGUCCAUCCAGACAGGUUCUAUGAAUCACUCCUCGACGAAGAGAAGCCGAAGUACGGAGCUGGCGCACCUGCACACUGGCCUCUGGGGCACGAGAUGGAGUACGAGUGCCGUUUGGAUGACAUGGUGCUAUGCAGCAAAGUGCGUGAUGCUUAUGAGGUCGGCUUCCGAGGGAAGAAGCGGGACAAGCCGACGGCCACAGAGCAGCUGUUGGGAGGAACAGGCGACUCGAUGAGGAUCCGACGAAUCGCCAAAGUGGAGCAGGUGAGCUGCGACAACUGCGGCAUGAACUUGGCAGAUGCUGACAAGCCGGAUGGACGCUUCUUCUACUACUGCCGCCGCUGCAAGCGAAGCGGAAGAAGGUUUGAGCUUUGUAUUCAGUGCCAUGUGCUGGAAAUUCUUCAAGGUGAAGGUAAGUACUCUGGUGACGGCUUUCAUCCUCAUUAUCUGAAAUGCCAGCAUCGUAUGUUGAUUCGACGGCAAAGCCUGGAAAAUGCCUAUCCGAGCUCUCCGCAUCUGCACCGGGUUCUUUGUGAUCUGUGCGGAGUUGUUGUCGUCGGCAGAGGCACUUCAGACAACGCUCGCGACAAGGACCAAGGAUCAUUGAAAAAAGCUCAAGAGCUGAAGCAGGAUCCUGGUAAGAAAGCCUACAUCAUGUCCAAUGAGUUCUACGCUUGUCCUUCGUGUCCUGAGCAAACCGGGCUUCGCUUCGAGCUCUGUGUGCCCUGUGCCACCAAGCUCACCGAGCGAGGUCGUGGCAUGCUCCGGCUAGAGACGACCCUCUGA